AUGUAUAUUACAUCAUCAUCAUCAUCAUCAUCAUCAUCAUCAUCAUCAUCAUCAUCAUCAUCAUCAUCAUCAUCAUCAUCAUCAUCAUCAUCAUCAUCAUCAUCAUCAUCAUCAUCAUCAUCAUCAUCAUCAUCAUCAUCAUCAUCAUCAUCAUCAUCAUCAUCAUCAUCAUCAUCAUCAUCAUCAUCAUCAUCAUCAUCAUCAUCAUCAUCAUCAUCAUCAUCAUCAUCAUCAUCAUCAUCAUCAUCAUCAUCAUCAUCAUCAUCAUCAUCAUCAUCAUCAUCAUCAUCAUCAUCAUCAUCAUCAUCAUCAUCAUCAUCAUCAUCAUCAUCAUCAUCAUCAUCAUCAUCAUCAUCAUCAUCAUCAUCAUCAUCAUCAUCAUCAUCAUCAUCAUCAUCAUCAUCAUCAUCAUCAUCAUCAUCAUCAUCAUCAUCAUCAUCAUCAUCAUCAUCAUCAUCAUCAUCAUCAUCAUCAUCAUCAUCAUCAUCAUCAUCAUCAUCAUCAUCAUCAUCAUCAUCAUCAUCAUCAUCAUCAUCAUCAUCAUCAUCAUCAUCAUCAUCAUCAUCAUCAUCAUCAUCAUCAUCAUCAUCAUCAUCAUCAUCAUCAUCAUCAUCAUCAUCAUCAUCAUCAUCAUCAUCAUCAUCAUCAUCAUCAUCAUCAUCAUCAUCAUCAUCAUCAUCAUCAUCAUCAUCAUCAUCAUCAUCAUCAUCAUCAUCAUCAUCAUCAUCAUCAUCAUCAUCAUCAUCAUCAUCAUCAUCAUCAUCAUCAUCAUCAUCAUCAUCAUCAUCAUCAUCAUCAUCAUCAUCAUCAUCAUCAUCAUCAUCAUCAUCAUCAUCAUCAUCAUCAUCAUCAUCAUCAUCAUCAUCAUCAUCAUCAUCAUCAUCAUCAUCAUCAUCAUCAUCAUCAUCAUCAUCAUCAUCAUCAUCAUCAUCAUCAUCAUCAUCAUCAUCAUCAUCAUCAUCAUCAUCAUCAUCAUCAUCAUCAUCAUCAUCAUCAUCAUCAUCAUCAUCAUCAUCAUCAUCAUCAUCAUCAUCAUCAUCAUCAUCAUCAUCAUCAUCUUCAUCUUUUUUUAACAAUCACAAUCAUUAUAAAUAA